AAUAUAAAGAUGAAAUUAAAAGGGUCAAUAUUUAGGGAAUAUGAAUCCUUGUUGGACGCAGCUGUUAAAGGUGCUGGAGAAGCUGCGAUGAUAAUACUUGGAGUAAUCGCCGAUCUGAUAUAAUUUAUAGCCACAAUUUACUUCAUUAAUGGUGUUUAAUCUUGGUUGGGAACAUUAGUCGGUUAUACGGAGGAAGGAGAACUUUGGACCCUUGAAAUUAUCUUAGGAAAGGUUUUUAUACCACUGACAUACACCAUGGGUGUUCAAUGGGACGAGUGUGAAAAAGUCGGACGGUUAAUUGGGGUAAAAAACGUCAACGAAUUUGUUGCUUUUCAAAAAAUGGGUGAAAUGGACUUGUCUCCCAAGAAUAAGAUUAUAGCCACUUAUUCUAAUUGUGGAUUUGCCAAUCCUGGUUCUGUUGGUAUUAUGUUGUCGACUUUGGGUGCUUUUAUACCCAACAAAAGAGAAGAUUUGACCAGAUUAGUCUUUCGAGCUUUGCUGGGUGGAUGUUUUGUAUGCUUUAUGACGGCAUGCAUUUCAGGUCUAUGGACACCCUAAAACAUAUUAUAUUUUCGUUUUAAUUGAACUCUAACUAUGAACAAAAUUUACUUUUUAUAAAAAGUGAAUAUAAACGACAAUAGUGAUGUUUUUUAAAAAAAUUAAAAUAAAAAACUUAAAUAACA